AGGCACACCGUUCAAUCAGUGCUGGUGCCUUGCUUGUUGUGUGAUUAUAGAAGCAGGAAUACCAACAACGAGGUUUUCUAUUCAUAAGUAGAGUUUCGGAAAUGUUUCAUAUACUGUCUGGUCUUCUUUUUCUUCCAAACGAUAUUUUUUGUAGUGACAACCGAAACCAAGGAAACGACAAAGACGAUGACAAAGCGGAAAACGACAACGACGACCACCACAGCAACAAAGGCAACGACAACAAAGAAGACGACGACAACAAAGAAGACGACAUCGAUAUCAACGACUACGACAACGACGCAGCGUCCCAUCCCACCGUACUCGUUGGUGUGUACCUAUGGGCCGGCGAUCACGGCGAGUUCGCCGUUCCCCGAGGACGGCGUGUGCGACUACACCUUCCUGGAGCAGAUGCCCGCCUCGCAUGCCGAGAACUUUGGCGGGCCGUACCGGCCCGAAGUGAAGCACUUCAUUGACACU